GAUACUUCCUAGCACAUAGAAUAAUGAUAGUUGUAGGCCCUGAUCAAGACUAAUGUAAAUUUUUUGUGUUUGUAACGAACAUUCUUUCCCAUAAUGUCUCUUUUGUUUUUGUUAGAGUCGAGGCUACUCUCUCAUAUCUUAAAUUAAUGUGCUCUCUACACACAAAGAUUGUUCCCAUCGCAUUUCUGAAAAUUAGAAAGAUCAUGAGGGUACUAGACAUACAGGGAAAGCUCCGGCUAGCUCUUGGCUUAGUAAAGGAUCAUGCAUCGAUCGGCAAGGCUAUGAUACACAACCCUUACGAUGGCUUUUCCAACAUAGAUAUUGCAGUCCUGCGCGCUACUGGCCAUGAUAAUGGCCCCAUCGACGACAAACACAUGCAUGAGAUUCUCUUCCUUGUUUCUAACUCCCCUGGAUCCAUUCCUUUUCUGGCCGAACGAAUUUCUCGCCGUCUUUGCAAAACCAGAGACCGCCUGGUCGCCCUCAAGACCCUUGUCCUCAUCCAUCGCCUUCUAAGAGGAGGCAACCGUUGCUUUGAGCAACAGCUACGAGAUGCACACAUAUCUGGUCAUCUCCAAAUGAGUACCCGCUGGUUUUCUAAGAAUUCUGACCCUUCAGUUUGUUUUAUGCACAAUUAUGCAGCAUAUCUGGAAGAAAGGAUGGGUUGGCUCAUCAACCAAGCAGGAAAACUCGAACCUGUCAUGUCUAAAGGCAGCUUCGAGUUUCGAUGCUACGAAGAGAAAUCAAUCGACAUGGUGUUCCGAAAAUUGCCAAAAUGUCAACUACUUAUAGAUAGGAUCUUGAGUUGUUCACCGUUGGAUAUAUUGCCUUCAGAUAACCUGGCUCAAUCAGCCAUGAGCAACACCUUGAAAGAGAGCUUUCAGCUUUACUUAACUUUUUGUGAAGGCAUCGCUGCUCUUGUUAACAUGUUCUUUGAUUUAACAAAGCCGGCGAGGGCUUUAGCCUGUGAAAUACUUAAGAGGGCUUCCCAACAAAGUCAGGAGCUUCACGAUCUGUAUGAGAAUUGCAAACGGAUUAUUGAGAACAAGAGUUUGGAGUACCCAUAUGUUCAAAUCAUCACUAUGGAGCAUGUUAUGGCAUUGGAACAAUGCUUGGGCUGUCCACCAAUUGAUCAAAAGGCCAAUUCCUAUAGUUUUGUGUUGAGCAAGACUACUGCUUCAUCAAAAUCAACGAAGCCACAAGGGGCAACGGCAGCAAAAGAAGGCCAAAAGGGCGAUAUCAGUUUGUCAUCAACUCUCUUCUCAUGCGCACUGGAGACCAAAAUUAGCAAAGUAUGGGUUGUGUUUGACGAAGAUGAUCAUCCCAACCAAUCACAACUUCCACUACAUGAUAAGAGUCUUCUUCAUUGAGCAAGGUCUGUGAGAUCUUUCUACUGCACAGCAUAAUCUGGGGGCCGGGAUGCGAAUAUUAAAAUAGACAAGGAACAGUACUGUCGGCCUAGCUAGCCCUUGUGGUUUUCUAAAAACUUUGACAUGAUUAACGUUAAUAUCUCGAUACAGGCACGCAACGGUGCCCACUAAGAGCUCUGGCCGGCCAAUAAGUAUUUUCGUUCAUAAUCGGAGUGAACUUACGGGUUUGGUACUUUCAACCAAGGUUUUUCCAUUGUUCUUGUAUCUUAAUACGUGAGGUUCUUGGUGCUUGCUACUUGUUUCAAGUACUCGAGAAUUUGAGGGUGUGCA